AUGGCAGCUUCUGGCUCACCGGAGGCCGAGUUCAAUUUAUGCAUGAGCUCCGUGCGUGAGUCUGUCGAGUGGAGUUUCCACAUCAUCAAGAGUUUGUCGAGUUUCGUGAGUUACGACAAGAAAAUGAAGCCCCAUGGGAAUCAAAUCUCUAUGUACUUUGGUCUCCAACCGCCCGACCUCAACAUGUACAUUGUCAUUGCACUGAUCAAGUAUCAAGCGCUGAUGUGCAUUGUGUUGCGCAGCAUUAACUGCGGCUUGCUCACGAUCAAAAUCUACGUGCAACUAACUGCUCAGCCGAAACUUCUUCUCUGCGACAUUUUUCCUCAAUACCACUUUCGAUUGCGUGAAUAA